CCUAACGACCCUGCCUUACGACCUCCCGAAAAGGAUCUUGUCAAUAAUUUCCGAGCUGCUCUUGCCAACAUCAAACUCGAAACCUGUUCAACCUGUUUUGAAUGUGCGUUCGAUAUAUCAUUGAAGGGUGGUCGUGAAUGUGGCCGUUGUCGCGCUGAUAAAGGUGAUCCUGUUAAGAAAUGGUCUGUUGAGAAUAAAGUUCAUCCUAGCCACGAAGUGCCUGCUUGCUUGAAGGGUUUGACUGAAAUCGAGGAAAUGCUUAUUGCUCGAGUAAAGCCUAUCAUGCAAAUCCGAUACACUAAAGGC